CGCGCGCUCAUGUCCUUGUGCUGGCUUGCACUUUCAACGCGUCGUCUUGUACUCAGAACACCCAUACACGCAUUCCGUACAACCUACAUGUCUGCCUCCCGUCGUCAAACACGUUCGACGAGCACUCGCGCGGCGAAACGACCACGGCUUGACUGCGAGGCAGCAAUAGAGCCUGCGCCCCUAGACGCCAGCAGCGAGCCUGUCGCGGUAUCUGUGGUAGUCGAGGCGAAGACAGAGGAGAUGGUAGUGAAGCCAAAGAAGCAGAGGAAACCUGCGAAGGCGAAGGAUGCACCUCCCCCAAGACCUCGCGCAGACAGCCCAUGGAAGGUCGGUGCACACGUAUCUGCUGCGGGGGGAGUAGAGAACGCCAUUGCAAACGCGCUCGCAAUAGGCGCGAACGCAUUCGGCCUCUUCGUCAAAUCUCAGCGGAAAUGGGACUCCGCUGACUUGAAAGAAACGUCUAUUAGCUUGUUUGCUGAGCGACUACGAGAUCACGGCUACUCCCCCGACCACAUACUUCCUCACGGAAGCUACCUUGUCAACUUAGGAAACCCGGAUGCCGAGAAACGCGCGAAGUCAUACGACUGCUUCGUAGACGACCUGAAGCGAUGCGAGCAGCUCGGGCUCACAUUGUACAACUUCCAUCCAGGAUCCACCGUUGGCCAAGGCUCGGUAGAAGAGUCUCUGACUCUCAUUGCUGAAUGCCUCAAUCGCGCCCACAAAGAGACGACGUCUGUCGUCACCGUCAUUGAGAACAUGGCCGGUGCGGGCAACAUCAUUGGCGGUCAGUUCAGCCAUCUUGCAGGCAUCAUAGAACAGGUAGAGAACAAAGAGCGCGUCGGCGUAUGCUUUGACACCUGCCACGGCUACUCCGCCGGCUAUGACAUCUCGACGGAAGAGGGAUGGAAUGCUGUCAUGUCCGACUUUGAUCAACAAGUCGGCCUGAAGUACCUGCGCGCGCUACACCUCAACGAUUCCAAGACGCCGCACAAUUCGAACAAAGACCGACAUGAGAAUGUUGGGCAAGGCACCCUCGGCCUCCCCGCCUUCCACCACAUCCUCACCGACCCGCGCACGCGGAACAUGCCCAUCAUCCUCGAGACCCCCAACGGCGACAAUUCCGACGUCUGGCACACCGAGAUCGACGUGCUCAAUCGGAUGUCAAGGAUGUCGACGGAGGAGUUCAAUGCGGCGCAGGAAGGGAUGGUGGAGGAGAUUGGGGAAGCGGUGAAGAGGGCGGUGGGGGCGAAGGCGGUGAAGGAGAAGAAAGCGGGGAAGGAGCAGAAAGCGGGGAAGGAGAAGGCAACGAAAGCUCCUGCGGCAAGCAAAAAGACGACACCGGCAGCGAAGAAGUCGAGAGGAAAGAAGCGGAAGGCGAAGGAGGAGAGCGAGUGUUCGUCUUGUGGGGAGGACGAAGAUGACGAUUAGGAAGACCUUUUUCCCGGAACCACGAAGCUCCCAAUCCACGAUCCCGGUAUUGUAUCUUAGAUAGAGAUCCGCCAUACAACCUUGCGACUGGCCUUCAUACGACUAGGAUGUCAAGCGCUCCAUAUCAAGUCCCAACCCCGCAAGUCCUUAGCCCUUCACGCUCUUCAGGAAGCUCAAGAAGUUCGGCACGUCCUUCGCAAUCUCUCCCGCCAGACUCGCGUUCGUGA